UAGCAUUAUAAAUAUAUAUAUAUUUUGCAAUAAGUAAAACUUAUUUUAUCGGCACAGUAGAUUCGGCGAUAUAUAGUAUAUUAGUAUAUGUUUCUCGACAUAGAUGACACUAUUGGAGGAUUAUGUAAUGGCGGUUUAUUGUUGCCUAUUAUACACAUGCACAUGUGAAACGGUUAAGAUAGAAGUAAAGAUACAUAUUUACUAUUUGUUAAGAUAUAAAAGUAGAUAUAUAUAUGUUUUUUUUUGUACUUUUUUAAAAGUAGCAUGACAAUUAUUUUUAACGUCAUCGUAAAAUGUCUCAAGACAAGAUAGUUGGCAUCGAUAUUCUUUUGGAAUUUUUGGAAGUAGCGUUUAAUCACAUAUUAUUUUUUCGUAAAAUCUAUUCCAAGGAAAUUUUUGUUAAGAAAAAGAUAUAUGGAAUUACGAUAUACGUAUCAGAACAUCCAGAGUUGAAUGAAUAUUUAUCAAACGUUCUAAAUGCAAUCAGAGAAUUGCUAAAAGAAGAUGAAAACAGUAUUAAAGCUGUCAGUCUUAUCUUCUACAACAGAAACAAAUUGCCAGUAGAAAAAUUUGUCUUUGAUAUGGUUAAACUACAGGCAGAGCUUACAGAGAGAGAUCCGUAUUAUUUAAAAACAGAAGAAGCAUUGAAGACAGUUUGCUUAAAAUUAUCAAUGUGUGAUACAUACUUAAAGCCCAUCCCAGAUAAUUCAACUUUUUCUAUCGAAAUUCAAACUUAUGAAACUGCACAUAUUACUUUGAGCGAAAAUCCAAAAUGUGAAGAUUUUCCAUGGAUUAUUAAAGAUGAUGCAAUAGAAAUGAUCAAUAAAAAUUUACUGCCACUAAAAGGUAUUAAAACCGAUUGUUUAAAUUUGCAGUUAUAUGUGAUUGAGGAUGCAGCAAACAAAAUUUAAAAUUUAAAUAAUUUGUAUGAUUGAUAUCUCCUUUUUUUUGUACCUUUAUUUUAUAUAAAAUGUAGAAGAAUACAUGUGUUUGCAGUUA